CCGGAUGAACCCCCGGAGCCGCGGGCGGAUGGAGCCGAGCUACGUCGUGGGUAUCUGCUGCCUGGUGCUGUUGGAACCUGGCCGGGUGUGGAGCGGCGAGCCCAGCACCGGGGGACCCGGGGAGAGCGGGAACGGCAGCCAGGCACCGGCGGCGGAGACCACGGCCCCCGCGCCCACCGGGGCGGCACCACCGGGGGGGGACCGCUGCCGCGGGUACUACGACGUGAUGGGGCAGUGGGACCCGCCGUUCAACUGCAACGCCGGCAUCUACCAGUACUGCUGCGGGACCUGCGGGUACCGCUUCUGCUGCCAGUUCAAGCCCGGGCGGCUGGACCAGAGCGGCUGCUCCAACUACGACACCCCCAAUUGGGUCAACACGGGCCAGCCGCCUACCCGGGUGGAUGAGACCCCCGAGGACCCCACUCGUGACAAGACCAACAUGAUCGUCUACAUCAUCUGCGGCGUGGUGGCCAUCAUGGUGCUGGUGGGCAUCUUCACCAAGCUGGGCCUGGAGAAGGCACAGGGUCCCCAGACGGAGAUGACCGUCUCCAGGACGCUGACAGACCUGCUGAAGCAGCCAGGCCAUGGCCCCUCCGAGCACAUGGAUGGCCUCAUGGGGGGUGUGCAGGUCCCACUGAGUGAAGGCCUGGCCCGGGGGCCCCCCAGGAACAGCACAGACAAGCCACCCUUGAACAACACGGUGGCCAUCACCCCGGCACUGGGUCGGCCCCAUGGCCGUGGCAAGCGCCUGCCACUGGCCAGUAGCCUGGCCCUGCCAGCCCCUGCCUAUGCUGCCUACGCCACCGUCAAGGCUGGAGAGAGCGCCCCUGAGGACUUCUACAGGCGGUUUGGGGGGCCAGAGGUGCCCCCUGCCAGCACCCUGCCCUUCCCACCCACCGAGGCGCCAGCACUGUCUGAGGGCUGCCUCCCACCUGCAGCAAAGGCUCCCAAGCUGCCGGUGGGCCCAGCCUUCCUGGGGGGCUGGGAGGGGGGUCCCCCCCGCGGCCCCCGCCGGCCUGGCCUGGUCACCCUGCGGCCUGAAGGGCCUUCCGAGGCAUUCGGCCCCGCCACCCCGCUGUAUGGCCAGGCACCCCGGCACCUCACCACCAACAGCAAGACUGAGGUCACCGUCUGACGGCUGCCGCCAUUGGGGAUUCUGGCUGCCCCCUUGCCUGAGCGUCACUGAUGGCCUCCGGAGCGAUGCAUCAUAGGUCCUAUGUAAACCACGACAGCUGGCCAUGGCAGGAGACACACCAUCCUUACUCUCCUGGGGAUGGGGGCUGCCAGCUGCGCUGCACCAUCGAGGAGGCACCAUGAGCCUCUCAUCUGGGCAACAAGUUUCAGCUGUUCUCAGCCCGCCUCAUGAAGAAGCUGAGCCAGGGGCACACUGGCUGAGCAGUGCACUGCUCAGGGGAUGGGGGCCAAUGCCAGACAGACCACAGCCCCCAGGGAUGGGGGGACAGAUCCUGUUGGGGCCAGGAACCCCCACCUAUUCCCUGUGACCAGGCAGGGGAAGAGCAACAGACUCAAAGCACCAUGCUGGCACUGCCAGCAGAGCCCAAGCAGCAUCUUUCCCUCCCCAGCAUCCCCUUCGCCCCUGCC